CGUUUCGCCGGGCGAGAAAAGCGUGGCCGCGAGCGAGCAUCGCCUACGAUCGGCUACGAGUCUCGACGAGCGCGUACGAGCUUGCGUGUCGUGGCACGCGUGCAUCCUCCGAAAGCUCGGCUGCUUCAAUCUUUCCCCAGACUUUGGCUCGAUCUCGAAUCGCUCGAGCGUCGAAACGCCGUCGCCAACGUUCAUCGACUCGACGAUCGAUCGCGAUACGCGGCCCACGAUGAUACCGUCGAUCCGCCGGAAGUGCUCGGUAUGACGAUUGAUCGGACCGUACGGUAGCUCUGUCCCGCGAGGCGGUUCGGUUGAGUUUCGUGGAAGAAGUUUCGAGGUUUCGUUGGCAUCCGUGAGAGACAAGGUCGCGGCAAGGAAAGAUCGAGGAGCGUGUCGGAGGAUCGUUGCUCGCCGGUCCCAGCGUGAUCCUCGAGAUAUGAUGACCCUCGUGACGGACGCGGUGUCUUACGCGUGUCAAGCGGCCGGUAGAUCGACGUACGACUCUUACCGCCACCAUCACCUGCAACUACUGCAUCAUCCUCAUCACGGUCACCACCAUCAUCAUCGUUACCACCACCAUCGUUAUCAUCACCACUAUCACCAUCAUCAUCGGCGUCGACGCGUGUACGCGUCCGGCGAGCAUCCGUCGAUCGACUGCUUCCAAGGAUACCUGUCCGAGGGAAACGUGGACGAGGAAACGAGAAGCGUCGCCGAGGCGGCCGGCAGCGUCUCGCCGUUAGAGUCCACCAGCUCGCAGCGUUACCGGUACGAUCAUCGUCUCGGGUCGCAGUCGUCGCGGUACGUUUUGGAUUCCGACGACGCGUCGUCGGUGGUAUCGGUGGACGCAUCGGCCGAUCUCGAAUCCGCCUCCAUCGAGGCGGAGGAGAGCAACGAGGGCAACGAGUCGAACGAGCCGAAAGAACUGAACGAAUCGAACGAGAGCGAGUCGAGCGAGCACGUGCCUCAUCCUCACGCGGCGCUGGACGCGACAGCCUCGGCCCACGGUCCCCGCAGAUGCCUCCUCUGGGCCUGCAAAGCUUGCAAAAAGAAAACCGUGACCGUUGACCGAAGGAAAGCGGCGACCUUGCGGGAAAGAAGGCGCUUGAGAAAGGUGAACGAGGCGUUCGAGGUGUUGAAGAGAAGGACCAGCAACAACCCCAACCAGCGGCUGCCGAAAGUGGAGAUUCUGCGGAACGCGAUCGAGUACAUCGAGGGUCUGGAAGCGUUGUUGCAAGGGAACAGAUCCGCGGGUGCUCAAGAUCACGGUUUGGCCAAGAACGCGGGCGCAGACUCGCCGCGAUACGUGACGGAAAGGCUCAGGCAAUUCUCGGACCCUUUGGCAAGGUUUCAACCCAUCAACGGGUUCGAGCAAACGGAGCCGCAGUCACCUCAAAUCAGCGGAAGUAGCCUGGAUCGUCUGAACAUGAUCGUUCAGAGUAUCAAUGAUCCAUCUCGUUCGACCACCGAAACGCAUCGGUAUCCUUCCCACCAAUGAGAACGAGGAAAACAGUAUUAAAAGGAUCGAAGGGCUUUUGUCGGCUGUUCCUGCGCCAGAAAUGGGCAAAAGUUCGAAUAAUAGAUAACCAAUAACGCGUUACACAAUUCAAUUUUUAAUCCUCGUGAAAUACUUCAAUUUAUAAUGGAAAUUUUUAUUUUUUAACUUAUCUUUUACACGUUAUUCGACAGUUUGUUCUACGAUAGAUUAGAAGUUUGCCCAUCUCUGUCCUGGGCACGCCAAGUGGAUGCCAAGUUCCUAAAUUCGAAACGCCAUCGAUCAGAGACGGGCAAAAUUUCAUUCGAACAAUGAAAUUAAAUUUGAAUUCAGCGUGAAAUGUUUUAUUCUGUACUGAAAAUUCUAAUUUUAUAUCCAGUGAGUAACGGAUAAAUAAUUGCUUACAGGAGUUGAAACAAUUAUGAAAUGUUUUAAAUAGGAACUUUUGUAAUAAACUCACGUUGCAAGUUUCAGCGAGGAUGGAUGAGUAAAAGUUCUAGUUUGUAUAAAAUUUAUAAGAAAUGCAAAUGAAAAGUUCUUGUGUAACGGUAAUAGAUCGCGAGCGACGCUCGAUCACUUUUAUACACGUCAAAACUCUCCAUCGUUCUUGAAAAGUUUCGAUAUUAUAUUGGCAUUAAAGCUAUCCAUUAUCUACAAUGUACUAUAAAUACGAAGUUUCGUUUAUUUUACGAAACUUUUUCUAAUAAAAUUUCUAUGAUAACAGUUCUCUUGGAUCCUUUUAUGAGUUCUAAAAUAUCUCCGCCGCAGGAAGUCUUUAAUAAACUUCACGAGGCGCAAGUGUUUUUCGAUAAAACAAAAUCACAAGAACAUCGUCUUAAAGAAAAAAAAAAAACAGUUCGAACGGAAUUUAAAGAAAAUAAAAUCCGACCGAUUCCUGUUCUCCUGUUGUUUAUCCUUUGUUCGUUGGUAGAAAUUUGUAUCCGGAUAAGAAUUUUGUCCAUAUCUGGCAUCGAUUCAAGCGUCCAUCUCGCAACCUCGCCGAACGUUCGUCCCGUUAAAAAUAUUUAAAUCGCCAGUCUCGACACGAACAUCGCCGAACGAAUUAGUUCGCCGCCACGGUUCCCCCGACGCUCGGAAUCGAGCAAAUUUCAUUCACCGUAGACGAAUAAAAAUUUUAGAUCCGUUCGCGAGCCAACUGCGUUCCGUUGACUCGAUCGUAAAUUAGGAUGCAUCUCCUUUAAACCGACAUCCGCGUUUGCGUAUCAAUCUAAAAUUUAUAUUCUUUGUUCGCGAAAUAAAAUUUGCCCGACCCCGCUCGACCUUCUCCCGCUUCCCGAGGGAACCGUCGCGUAUCAAAAUGCGCGUGUAUCUAUGGACGAGAAAAUAAACGUGGACGAGUAAAUCAUACUCUGUAUCCUACUCGCGCGACAUCUCCGACAAAAAUUUUUCACGUUCGUACUUUCAUGUUCGCGAUUCUGAUCCCGCGUAAUCCCGAUUCCAUCUUCUAAGCGCGCACGCGCACGCGCGUACGUAUGCACACACACGGAUACGUUCAUCCGAGCUACACGACAAUAAAGAGCAUCGAGAAUCGUUUAAAUCCUGUGACUGAUUCGCCUGUUCGUUUAUUUCUUUUUUUAUCUACCGUUCAUCUUUCGUUCCGCGUUUCGUUACCUAUCGUUUCGCUCGACUCCAUUUUGGUUCGAAGACCAAACAAAUGGACGGAACGACUCGCCGCAAAUGUAAUCGAACCGGACCUCCUUCGACUAGAAUUGUUGCAAAUUGUUAUGUGACGGUUCUGAUUGAAACAAUUUUGAGAAUCUUUUAUUUCGAAUAACUGUAAAUCGUGAGUUCAUCUUCUUGUUGGAUGAGGAAUAGAGCCGUAUUUUGUUAUACAAGGAAAAAUUAUAAUGAGAGAUUCUAGAGGCAAAAAUAAGACGAAAAUCAAAACUAUUAAUUUAUUGAUUGAGACUUCGUUAAAAA